AAUUUCUCCACUAUAUGGCAGUACACGCUGUAUCCUCCGCGAAGAAGAGCAUUCUCCGCCCUGCUUGAAACUGAAACCUAAAGAAGAUACAUUGUUUUUCCCUGGAUCAACAACAUUGAUGCCAGAGUAACAUUCUGUCAUGGAUAAAGAAUCAGAAACAUCAAACCAUCAGCUGCUGAGGUGCUUGAAACCAAAGUUGAUUGACAUCUUGAGUGCUGAUCCUGAAUUACUUCUGCAGCAUGCACACUCUCGCAAGCUUGUGACAGAAAAUGGGUACAAGAAGGUCAGAGCCCAACAGAUUUCAACUGAGAAGGUGACAACUCUACUGGAUCUGAUAUACGACGGAGGGUCUAAGGCCUCACACGGACUGCUGGAACUGCUGAAGGAAGAUACCUUUCAGGAGAACUUCCCAAGACUGUCUAUCCUGGUAAACCCAGACCCAGAAGAAGCAUCAAAGAGGACCACUGAGGAUUCAGCACAACAGUCAAGAUCUACAAAUCAACCAUCCAUGAGUGUUGUCUCUGAAAUAGUGACACCGAAACAGCUGCUGAAGGUGGCUGGUGCGAUGUCCCGUACCUGGAAGGAAGUUGGAAUACAGGUGCUGGAUAUUAGCAGCGAGAAGUUGGAUGCGAUUGAAGCGGAAAAUAACACCCAAAAGAUGCGAGCAUUUCGCAUGCUGCAAACUUGGCGUUCUCGUAAAAGGGAAAAUGCCACAGCAGCCAAGCUGCAUGACCUCCUCAGCCAUGAGGAUUUGGGCCUUGACCCUGAGGUGUUAGAUUCUCUACUGGAGAGCAGUUGAGUCAAGCACUAUUCCUUUCAUUAUGUUUACAUGCACACCGUACUACCACUAUAUCUUAUUCAUCAGAUUUGUAGACUAAUCAUGGCAUUCACAUGUUACAGAGCCCAUCACGUGCCCUCAAAAUGUUUUAUUUCCCUAAUUUGAUCCAACAUAAAAGAUGCCUCCUCGUAAACGUUGAAUACAUCUUCGAAAUGUACGGCAAAAACAAAGCACCGCUGGUUCAUGCAGUGGUGAAGGGUAUGACUAAGUUGUUGUUAUGAUCUAAAGCUAUGCUUUUUAACCACAUAUCUUUGGACACACUUGGGAAAUUGGGAUCUUGGACCAACUCUAGUAAUUGUAUACAAUGCAAUAUUCUAUACUACUUUCAAGUUGAAUAAUUUUUAUUUUUAUAUAAAGCCUAUAUUUUA